AUAAAAGCUGACAGGAGAUUAUGCAUAUGGCAUUAUGUGUAAAGUCUUUCCACCUCUGACACUGAGGGGUAUUCAUUUAACACUGGGGAUUUUGCUGUGUGCCAAAAAAACUGGUUAUUUGAGUUUUUUUAUGCAUACAUUUGUAUAUGCAUUUGAAUUUGAGAAGGAAACAGUGGAAUGUAAAACAGUGUUUUCUUACCAGGAUGAUGGACUGAUAACUUCUCAAUAUACAUCUCAACACAACAAAUGUUUUAGUUAAGUAGUCGGUAGUGUCGGAUGAGGAUCACUGUAUAUCAGCUUAUAUCAGGAAACUCGUCCUCUGAACUGGUUUGUGGAUAAAGAGAAAUAAACUGGACUGUCAAAACUGACAAUGGCUUCAUUUCAUAAAGAUGUCUUAAGACUUAUCUUGGCCUUUUCAACUCUCACACCGUUGACGACCGCAAUUGCUAAUCUCUCUGACCCCUGCUACAACUACACUGUGCUGGACAAUCCAUGGAGAUCCAUCAGUAAUACAGAUACCUCCAAGUGUGACCAGUCUGUCUCCUGGAGCGGCUGGUAUCGGCUCUUCUUUAAUGGCCUGAGUGCUGAUAUGUUAGACACGUGUAUUGGUCAGCGUCACUGUGGCACUCAAGUCCCACUGUGGAUGAGUGGUGGUCACCCAAAAGUUGAGAAUGGAGUCGUCACUCGAGCUAUGUGUGGUUCAGCUUUUGACUGCUGUGGUAACCCGUCAAAUCCCAUUAGAGUCAAAGCCUGCCCAAGCAAUUAUUAUGUCUAUGAGCUGGUUAGACCAUCUUUCUGCAAUUCAGGAUACUGUGCAGUUGUUAACACCAGUGCCACCCUUUCAACAGUCACACCAAAGACGACCUCAGCUGCUGUUACUAACAUCAAGAGCACUGAUACAACAGUCACAGCAGAGACGACCUCAGCUGGUAUAAAUAUAACACUGCAGGACGGAUGCACCAGUCAGAACUGUUUCCAAAAUCUACUUGAGCAGAUCGAGAACAUCUCAACAUCUCAAGUGCUCUCUGUGAAUACUGUGUCCAACAUUUUGACCAUGGCCUUCAAUGCUUCAGAGAAGAUUUUAGAGUCAUCAUCAUCAUCAUCAUCAUCAGUCAGCCCAGCUAUACUCGCCUCCCAAGGAAACAGUAUGUUAAAAACCAGUGAGAAACUCAUCUCUACAUUGGUGAAGCCGACAUACACAAGUCACAAUGUCAGUUUUGCUCUUGCUGCUGUAGAGGUUGAAGUCUUCAUGGUUGGACCACAGGUCACCUUAGAUAAAAUUCCUCGACUUGACACGACAAAUUCUUCUGUGGACAUCGAUCUCAUUGGGAUCGCCAAGAACAACAAUGAAAGAUCAGCUGCUGUGGCUUUCAUGAGCUACAACACAAUAGAGAAUCUACUGAAGCCUGACUUCUUCAACACAUCAAAUGACACGAUUAAAACCAUGAUGUCCACUGUGAUCUCAGCUACUCUUCCCAAAACCACCAACACUAAACUCACCAAACCAGUCAACUUCACCCUCAAACACAUCAGAGAGUUCGACCCCAGCGGUUCUCUGUCCUGUGUGUACUGGAAUAUCAGCGAGUGGAUUGUAGAUGGUUGUUCUGUUUUAGAGACCAACAGCAGCUACACUGUGUGUUCCUGUGUCCAUCUGUCGACAUUCGCUCUCAUCAUGCAAACCAGCAGACCACCAGAGAACGACCCACUGCUGGAAAUGUUGAAUUUGGUGUUUGUGUCUGUGGGGCUGGUGUUCUUCAGUUUGGCCCUGUUGACAUUUGCCCUUUGUCAGUGGAGUCCUGGAGUGAAUAAUGUGGCUCGAAUCAACAUCUGCAUCAGUCUUCUGCUGGCUCACCUUCUGUUCCUGCUCACACAACAGUUCCUGAACCUCAUACGCCCUCAGCAGGUGUUGUGUGCCGCGAUAUCAGGUGUGCUGCACUUCCUCUUUCUCUCCGGCUUUGUGUGGAUGUUCAUUGAAGCUGUGCUGCUCUUCAUCUGUGUGAAGAACCUAUCACAGAUCAGCUCCAAAAAGAGGGAGGUGCUUAGCAGUGGAUUCCUGUGUGUGAUUGGAUAUACGGUUGCUCUGGUUGUGGUGGGCGUGUCUGUCGGGCUGCUUCCUGGAGGUUACGGCAGCGAAAAAUGCUGGAUUAAAAGUGAUAAAGGUUUCAUCUGGAGUUUUCUGGGUCCUGUUUGUGUCAUACUAGCAUUAAACAUGAUUCUCUUCAUCUGCAUCACCAUCAGUCUGAACUCAACUCUCAAAAAUCUGAACGCUGAAGUUUCACAGAUGAAACAAACCAAGAUUAUGAUAUUUAAAACACUGGCUCAGUUUGUGGUUCUUGGUUGCUCCUGGAUUCUGGGUUUCUUCACUAAUGACAGUAAGGUGCUGGAGAUCCUCUUCCUGAUCUUGAACUCCCAGCAGGGAACCUUCAUCUUCCUGGUCUAUUGUGUCCUCAAUAGUGAGGUUAGGCAGCAGUACAGGAAGUUCUUCAGAUGUCUUUGCUGUGGAUUUAAACAACACUGAGGACCAGAGCAUCCAUGGAAAAUUAUUUAUUGUGCCAUUAUAAUAUAGUAAAUAACUACUAAAUCAAAAUCAAAAUCAAUGCUUUCAGAUAAUACUUGUCAAUCCCAGAUUCUUUCUUUAAAUAUUAGAUAUUAGCCUGAUGUUAUACCAGUCAUAUUUUAUUGAUGUCAUUAAUCUUUCUUUUACUAUUUUCUUGGUAGAUGUCUUUAUUUUUAUUAUUGUUAUUGUUUUAGACCUCUGUGUGAUUUAUUGUACUUUAGAACCUUCAAGUUAUUAUUGUUUUUCUUUUAAUUGCCUCUAUUAUUGUACAUACAUAUUAUUAGGCAUAUUAUUGUUCCCUUUUUCUGUGUUCCAACCACUUGUUAAUUACCAUGGUUAACAGUUGAGUUGUGCACCUGUGUCUUAUUCAGUUAAUCAUUAGUGUGUAUUUUAGCACUCAGUUCUUUCUGUUCUUUGUUCGGUGUUGUCAUUUACCUCUAUGAUUCUCCUGAGGAUUUCUUGGUUAUUUAUGUAAUUCUGCUUCAAGUGUGCUGGAUAACAACACUACACUGUUAAAUAAUGCUGAACGGGGGGCUCGCUGCUGAGCAUCUGAAGCUAUCCAGCGCCACCACCCAGGCAUCGUGGAGGAGUUCACCCAGCUGGUGGAGGACCAGAUGGAAGAGCGAUUUGGGAAUCAGACCUGUCUCCUUUUCACUCCAGGGGUGUAGUGAAUUUGAUUUGACACACUCUGUGUUUGAUUAAGUUGACUUGUGUUUCGGACUGAUCACCUGUUGAUUGCUCAUGCCUGGUAGAACGAGAGUCAGUAAAAGAAGCACAUGGUUCAAAAGCACAGUCUCGUGUUGUUUGUUAAAUACAUACAGUUUACAGUCACAUUCA